AUGGCUUCUAAACGUUCUGCAUCUCAAGAUUCAUCAUCCAGUCAACCUCCAUCCAAAAAAGUUCAUUUUGAACCAUGCAGAAUUGGACCAGUUUCCACAUUGGAAGAAAUGGACAUGAAAGUACUACAGUUUCAAAACAAAAAAUUAUCAGAACGCUUGGAACAAAGACAGCGUCAAGAAUCUGAAUUACGGCAGAGAAUUGAACAAUUAGAAAAACGACAGACAAGUGAUGAAGCCGUUCUUUGUGUUGUCAAUAGAUACUGGAAUCAGCUGAAUGAAGAUCUCAGAAUUUUAUUACAGAGAUUUGAUGCAGAAACUUCAGAUGAAUCUGAAAAGAAAAAUGAAAAUGAAGCUACCACCUCCUUUUUAGCUCUUCUAAGUCAAUGGGAUAGAGAAGAACUAGAAGAAAAAUUAGCUCAGCGAGUGCAAGUAUCUACAAGAGCAGUUGCUAAAAUGUUACAAGCAUUUGAUCGUAUUGUUCAAAGAAAUCAUAAAAUCAUGUUAGCAUUGAAAGGAGAGCAAUCAGAUGGAGAAGAAGAACCUCCUAGUCUUGAUGAAGCUGUACGGCAAGCAAAUAUUGAAUUACAAACAGAAAAUCGAAAUCUUCAUUCUUUAGUUACAGGCCUUCAUGAAAAUCAACAUCGCUUCAGUCUAAAAUUUGCUGAAUCACAAGAUAAAUUAACAGCUACAGAAACUGCCAAUGCUGAAUUAAAAAAUAGAAUAGAAGAUUUAGAAUAUGAAUUAAGUAAAACAAGAAAUCGAGAAGAGAAAUUAGAUUGUCAUCUAGCAGAAGCUUUACAGAAAUUAAAAUCAUACAAUCUUCCACAAGGUGGAGAUGGAAGACCUCAGAUUAGUGCAUUAUCUCAAGUAAAACUGGAAGAACUUCAAAGGGAAUUAGAAGAACAGAAAGAAUUAUCUGCAAAUAGAUUAAUGGAAUUAGAAACUUUAAAUGCAGAUCAUAAAGAGACCUUAAAAUUAGUGGAAAAAUUAAAGAUGGAUAUUCAGUGUUUGCCUGAAUGUGUUGUUGUAGAAACUACUGAAUACAAAUGCUUGCAGUCACAGUUUUCUGUUUUGUAUAAUGAAAGUAUGCAGUUGAAAACACAGCUGGAGGAAUCUCGUACUUUAUUAUCGACGAGUAAAAAUAUUCAUCUUCGUCAGAUUGAACAAAUGGAGAGUGAAGAAUUAGCUGUACAGAAAAAACUUCGAACAGAAGUGAUACAGUUAGAGGAUACCUUAGCUCAAGUUAGAAAGGAAUAUGAAAUGUUACGAAUAGAGUUUGAACAGAAUUUGGCUGCUAAUGAGCAAACUGGACCAAUAAACAGAGAAAUGCGCCAAUUGAUUACUAGCUUGCAAAGCCACAACCAUCAAUUGAAAGGGGAAGUUCAGAGGUAUAAAAGAAAACUGAAAGAAGCAAAUGCUGAAAUAAUAAAGUUGAGACAGUCGUUGGAAAACAGCAAUUCAAGAUCCGGUCCGUCUGUCGUGCCUCCCGCAGCUUCCAGUUCAAAUGAUGGCUGUACUAUCAAAGAGGAAUCUUCUCUGACAAUUGGCUCAUCCACAGUUCCAAGUUCAAGUAGCAAAGAGGAGAUAAACAUAAAAAAAGAAAAAGAUGAAGAGCACAACAACAAAGAAGAAGAAAACGGGGACCGUGAGAAGGGAAAGUCGGACUUUGAGGUCAUCCGUGAAUUGAAAGCCCAGUUAAAUGAUUAUCAUAAAUUAAAAUCUCAAGAAGCUCAAAGAGAAAUGAAAUUGCUGUUAGAUAUGUAUAAAGGCUCUCCUAAAGAACAGAGAGAUAAAGUACAGUUAAUGGCAGCAGAAAAGAAGGCAAGAGCAGAAGCAGAAGAACUGAAAUCACAACUGCGAAGAAUCCAAGAGAGUGAAAGAAAGGAGAGAAGAAAGUUAGCAGAUGAGGAUGCUUUAAAGAAAAUCAGAACCUUGGAAGAAACUGUUCAGCAGUUACAAAAAAGUUUAGCUGCUCAGAAACAAGAAGACGAAGCUUUGUUGAAUGAAAUGGAAGUCACUGGUCAGGCAUUUGAAGACAUGCAAGAGCAAAACUUGAGGUUAAUUCAACAGCUCCGGGAGAAAGAUGAUGCAAAUUUCAAGCUGAUGUCCGAGGUAGUUAUGCCAAAACGCAUCAAGUCGAAUCAAAUUCAGAAACUGCUGAGGGAAGAAAAGGAUAUGCUGGCCGAACAGGUUACGACGUUACACAACCAAGUAGAGGCUCAGAAUCAAGUGGUAAGAAAACUAGAAGAAAAGGAAAGGCUCUUGCAGAAUAAUCUAUCUACAAUAGAAAAGGAGCUGAGUCUAAGACAGCAGGCGAUGGAAAUGCACAAGAGGAAGGCAAUCGAGAGUGCCCAGUCGGCUGCCGACCUAAAACUCCACCUGGAAAAGUACCUGUCGCAGCUGAAGGAGGCGCAGAACACGGUGGCUGACAAGACCAGUGCGGUUCAACAGGAAGCUUUCAAGACCAGGAGGCUACAGGAAGAAAUAAUUAACUUAAGGAGAAAAGUGGAGAGGGCCAAGAAGUUUGAACUGGCAUCUACGGCCGACGAAGUGCUAAUGGAGGAAAUCAGGGAGUACAAGGAGCAAUUAACGUGCCCCUCGUGCAAAGUGAAAAAGAAAGACGCAGUGCUGGCAAAGUGUUUUCAUGUCUUCUGCUUCGACUGUCUGAAGACGCGGUACGAGACCAGGCAGAGGAAAUGUCCCAAGUGCAACGCGGCUUUUGGCGCCAACGACUUUCACCGCCUCUAUCUCACUUAGACUUUUAUCCGGGGACAAUCUCUACAUUCCCGAUGAAGCCCAGCUGGCGUGACCUUUUAAAUUUUGAUGCGCUGCAGAUGUCUUUUGGCCGGGCAUGUCGGUUAAAAAUAUAAGUAAAUUUUAAUUUUGUAUAAAGUAUUAAAUGUAAGUUAAGUUAAAUGUCAAUGAUUAAUUUCGUAACAAUUUUUACAUUAUACUCUUUUUUUGUUGUCAGUUUAGUAGAAUAAAAAGUUUUACUUCUGUAUUUUUUUUUUAAUCUAUUGAGUAAAUCCUCAAGAUUUAUUUACAUUUUUAUAAAAAAAUAAAAAAAGUAACAGACUGUUGGUCAUGUUCAGAUAGCCCAUAAUUGUAUAUUAUGUUAUAUAUGUCGUUAAUGUAUUCUUCAAUAUAAUUAGUGUAUAAAAAUAUCGAGUGAAAUUUUCUUAUUAAAAGAAAUGUCAAAUGAAGAAUUGGCAUCUUAGUGACUCCAUUUAAUUUUGGAAUACAUUUAUUACUAUCAGGGAUAGGGAGUCAGCAAAUUUUUAUGCCAACACUGACUCUAUAUUUCAUAAUUAUUUUUACUUUCCUGGCCAUUAUAUGAGGUAGUCAACAAAAUGUUCAUGUUAAUAUAUUGUCUUUUUUUUGAGAGAUGUUGCUUUCAAAAUAAGUUCCUUCUAUAUCUAUAGAGUUUAGUGCUUCUCCCAGUUUUCAAAACAUUUUCCUGGAACAUUUUUUGUGAUGAUGUUAAGCACUUUGGUGCAAUCCUGUUUUGAAUGUUCAAUCAAAUCAUUAUCCUUUCAGCACUUUUUUCAGCUGUGGAAAUGGAAAAAAGUCACACAGUACCAAAUCUGAUGAAUAAGGAAAACUAUGACCAUUUUAUUUUUGGUAAGAAACUGUUGAAUGGAGAUAGCUAUGUGAGUGUGUGGGCAUUGUCAUAAUGCAACAACCAGUUAUGAGCUUGCCAAAAAUCUAGUUGUUUUUGUCUGGCAUUUUCACACACUGUCUCAAAAUAUCCAUAUAAAACUUUUGAUUCAGUUUGACCUUGUGGAACAAAUUCUUGAAGAAUAGAGAGGUUGCAGCUGAAGUACAUGUUUGACAUUUGAAUUCCAAGCAAAACAUGUUGUGCCACAUGUUCGUGUCAUGCACCGAUUCAUGGAAUGUUGUUGAAAAAUGGUGGAAACAUUCAAGAGUGACAAAGGUUAUUAGUGAAGGUGAAUAAACAAAUUAAACUAUUUAUAGAAAUUUACAAACAAAUUAUGCUGUUGAUGGUAGAAGAUGCCGUGAAAGAACAAACCUACUUCUAGUGUUAUGAGCUAUUAUGAAUACAAAUAUAUAAAAAUUCUAUAGGCACUUCACAUCACUUGCAAAAAAUUAAAUGAUUUUAAUCCAGAAAUUAUUUAAUUAUCUGUUUCUCUACAAUAUUAUUCAGAAAUGCUUAAAUAAUCAUGA